UAUGAGGAGAGAACAUUUUUGGCUCCCCGACAUGAGAUUGCUUUUCCUCAGUUAAUUGGAUUGAUGGGUCGGUUGCUUUGUGCGCCGAGAGACUCCACUCAGAGCGAAUAAAACCCGUGUCGCAUAAUAGAGAGUAACAGAGGGAACAAAAGGGAGAAUCGUGAGAGGCACAAAGACAAAUGCUGCGAGGCAUUUUUUUCAUCUGCUGUGUUCGGGCAUUGUAACUUUUAUCCAUGUAUCCACCUACACAGCAGCACCACUCAGCUCAGCCUCAACGAGGAAUCUGUGUGAGCCUGACUGUAUAUUCUGCUUUCUCAAUUCAUUCCCCGCCAAGCACUCCUCCAGGUUUCUGAUGACUUUCACCUUCUCUCACAGUCUCCUCUUUCUCCCCCAUGUUGUCAUUUUUUGUUAUAUGUUUCAAAUGCCACUUUUCUCAUCCCUCUCUCUCUAUGGCUCCUAGGUUGGUAUGGUCCUAAUCUUACCCUCCAUCAACUGAUCUAUCCCUCACUAUUUAUUCUUCUGUCUUCCUUCUCCUCAGCUACCUGUCUCCCUGUUCUCGCUCUCCUCUCCGGCCAUGUCAGUGUCCAUGAACAACCCGCUCCAGCGCCGGCGCUCUCUCGGCCCCGUCUCGCCCAAACGCAUCUACAGAAACCUGUCCGUCAGACUGAGGGGUGGAGAGUCAUCUGUUGCCAAGGAGAUGGUCGCACCCAAACACCUGAGCAAGUCUGCAGAUGUUUACAAGACCCUGUGGGAGGCAGUGGAAAAUGAGGACACUUUGGCCGUACAAAGCCUGCUGUCUAGAGAACACACCAACUGUGGAGGAGGAGGAGGAGGAGGAGGAGGAGGAGGGAGCAGCACAAGGGAGCGAGGAGAGAAGAAGGAGAAGGACUGGGAGAAGGAGAAGGGGGUGAACAGGGUGAGCGACCAGGGCCUGGUCCCCCUGGACGUGGCUGCUCUUACCCACAAUUCCCCUCUGCUCCAUGUGUUGACAAAGGCAGGGGCCAGACAUAACCCUGUUUUGUGCCGACCAGCAGAGUGGGCCCUUAAGCUGGAUGCUCUGGUGGCACUGGCGGGCAAACGGGUGGAGGAGAGGAAGAAUGAGCUGUUGGAGAAGGCGGGGGCAGGGCCUCAGGCACGGGCCGAAGUCCACAGACACAUCCGCCUCUGGAGCCUCCGGCUGCAGCUGUACUGCCGCAUGAGACAGAACUUCCAACACACAGAGCUCCCCGGGCCUCCCAGUCAUGUGUCCAUACUGGUGACCAGCACAUCCUCUCUGUUUGUGACAAUCAAAGAGCCAGAAGGUCACACCAUUGGGCUCAUCACCCGCUACAGAGUGGAAUGGUGCACCUCAGCCAGCUUCAAACGCAUCCUCGGCUCAGCCCAAGUCUCGGAGACCAAGAACCCUUCCUACAGCAUCAAGGGACUCACAGCAGGAGCGCAUUACUUCGUGAGAGUGAGCUGCUACAACGUGAAAGGAUGGGGCCCGCCUCAGUGCUCCACUCCGGUCAGCGCUGCCCCCUCCAGUUGGAGGGAGUGCAUCGGCGUGAAGUCACAGUUCAGAAAUCACGAGGGCCUUGUGAGGAAACUGCUGGAAGACGCCAGAGAACCACAUUACAGGGGGUUCUGCAUAGAGAGCUCUAAGCCCCAGAGUCCCAGCAAGCGGCUGUCUGUGUCUCGAGGCAUCAAACAACUGUUCCAGUCCGCCACCAAGUUUGUUCGUCUCCUGCAGAGGGGCGUGUACUUGGCUACUGUGUUCUACCACAAGGAAAACAUCCUGGUGACGGCUGAAGAUCAAAUCCCACUGGUGGAGAUCCAGUGCUGCUCCACCUCCAUCACCCAUGACUUUCUUUGGUUUGCCAAGUUGUCCUGUGCAUGGCAACAAGUGCCCUGGCUCCAGCAGGCCCUUUCCUCCGCUCAUUCAUCUUCCUCCUCCCUCCUUCAGAACAGGCACAACAUCUUAAGAGCCGUUUCCCAGCUGCAGUCUUCCCUGGGGACAAUGCACCUGGGCCAGGUGUACUACGAACCUCUGAAAGACCGGCAGGGCAACGUCUUACUGGUGACUCUGAAGGAGUUCCCAAACCCUCCCAGCCCUCCAGACCCUCCGCUCCACUGGAUGCCCCUGGCUCGUCUGGAGAAGAACCGCAGCAGAACUCCUCUGCUGCCUGAGCCCACCGCCAUGGACAUGCUGUACGAUCAGCUCAGGGAGAAACUAGCCCUCCACAGGCACAGCAUUCAGUGCGCCAAGCCGGGCCUAUACGUCGGCAUCCUGAAACUCUGCAGCUCAGUGGAACAGAUCAGGGUCCUGGUGCCCCAGAGGCUGCCCAAUGUACUCUGCCACACACGGGUCCGACACAAUGCCCACGUCUCCAGAGAGGAGUGGGCAUGGCUUCAGAGCCAUGUUUACACCACAGCCAACGGCAGCGUUCCAAACCUGUUGAGCGGCGAGGACGAGAGCGCCAUGGAGAGCAGCGGGCUGGCGGAGUUCAUCAUGUCUCUGAGAGCGGCCGUCGCACACCUCCUGACAAAGCUCAACAUCCCCCUCUACAGGGCGUAUCAGUACGGCGUGUACACCCGGGAGCUGCUGCAGUUUGGAGACAAGCUGUCCAUGCUGCUGCUGUUGCCUCCCAGUGAGGACUUCAGCUCCAGUUACUGGCCUCUGGUGGGGACAAAAGAGCCCGGUCUCACCAUGCCCCUGCAGAUCUUUGAGCUGGUUCACUUCUGGACCUAUGAACGAGACUUCCUGUCCCAGUACUGCCAGGCCUGGGUGAGGCUGGAGCUGGACUCUCAUCUGGCCCAGCAGGCUCUGCGGGAGGCGCUGGACACCAAGGAGGUGCAGGACGCCCGAGAGAGCCUGAACCACAUCACGGAGCUUUCCCAUCGUCUGGAUGUGGUGUGGAGGGAUGCCCGCUGGAUUAUGGACUGUCUGCAGUGCGUUCGGUCCAAGCAGUGGGUUGGGGCGGUGCCUCUUGGCCUGGUGAUGGGAGGAGAGCCGCCGCCAUGUCCUGAUGGUGAGGAAGAGGAGGGGAGCUUGACUGCCAGACUGACGUGGCCCCAUCGCAUACAGGCACAGAGACUCAUUGCAGAGUCUUUAGUUUGUGGGAUUCCAUCAGACGUGGUAUCUGCUGAGGUCGCCACUCCGUCAGGAAUCAUGGUUGUCCCCGAAGAGGCCACGCUGUUAAUGGAGGGUGUCGCCAAGGGAGGAUACCCUGUAGACAUCACCGCCCAAUCGACUGUAGACUUGACAAGCCUCGGCCAGUCAGAAUUAGGAUGUGCCAGCGCUUUAUUGGAAUCUGGACUAGAGCCUGGUGCUGUCGCACAGUUUGAAGUGAGCUACACAGUUUUGGAAACACAGGAGUCCUACGGCGAGGAACAGGACUUUCCUCCCAGCAUCACUGAGGUAAUCCGGCCAAUGGAGAUGGCAGAGUUGGUGGACAUCCUGCCUACGCUGAGUCUGAUUGAGGAGGAGAUCCCCAGUGGCCCGUCCACACCGUCAGUAUUGGAUAUGCUGGAGAGCUUCGGACUGGGGAUUGGUGAAAGCAACACCUACUUUGACUUUGAGAAUUCAGCUGGUGGUGUGUCACAGCCCAACCUGCUCUAUACCAGCAGCAGCAGCAGCAGUAGUGUAAUAGAGAUUCACUGUGAGAACACAGACAUGUCUAAUUCCCAUGCCACAGUGAAUGCCACAGGCGGUGAUGUGCCUGGUUUGAGCUGGGACUUCUCUCCAGGGGAUACAGAGACUCUGCAGGUUCCCAGCAAGGGAGCGAGCUUUCCAUUGAGAAGCCAGGUGGAGUGGGACAGACCAGCUGACAGUUCAUCCUGAUAUCAACUCAAACACCAGCCCUCUACGACCUUGUAUCAACUCAAAACCAAAUCAGUGGGCUGCAGCACAGUGAAUUUACAGACAGAAAAUCCUGGUUAGACUUUUUUUGGGGCUUGGAAAUGUCAUUUUUACUUGUGUCAAACUGUCCAGUUAACAUCAACUGCUGUGGAGGAAAAUUCAAGCGACAUCUAGAUAUGACUUCAUCUAACACACGAUUUACGUUAUUUGCACAUUUGUGGCCCUGUGGUUUGUCUUUUCUAAUGUUCAUUAGAGCUCAUUAUGUGCAAAAACUAAGCUGUAGUAGUAGUUGUUAUGACUUGAAACUCCAUCACUCACUACAGCAUAAAGCAACAUUGCUGCUUGAUGGAGCGAGUAAACAAACUCAUUAGAUGCAUACAAUUCAAAAACUGUUAUAUAUUGAAUAUGUCAUUGAAUCGUUUCUUUUUGGUUUACCUGUGUGCACUUUCGGCAUAACAAAACAGCAGCAAGAUUUAUAAUCCUGUUGAUUUUACAUUAACUGCCGUCGGUCCUACCAGCUUUCCAGUUCCGAUAUUCAAGUUCCACUUCAAGCUGAAGCCUCGAUAUCGUAUGAGAGACGACAUGCAAAAUCAGACAAGAAAGAAAAGACAAAAUGCGGGUGCUGCAAAAAAAAACUCAAGCCGUCAUCUUACAGUUGUGAGAAGAACGUAGAAGAUGAUUUUUCUUCUUCUUUGUUGUCCUUCACUACAAAGGCCUAGUCAGAGGUUUUCAAAAGUACUCACAAGUUUCCAUUAUUUGCCUACUAUGUAGCAUACACAGUGCAACGAAGGACAAUGCACAACAUUCUAAUUCACCCAUUCAUGUCAGUUCUUUUUUUUUUUUUUGCUUUGGAGGAGAUUUGGCCUUACAUUGUUGCCUCUUUAUUUACUGGAUCUUUACCUCCUCCUGCAUGUCAGGAAACACGCAGACUUCACAAAUGUUUUUGAAAGAUUGGGAAUUGGUCGUUUUUUCUGGUUGAGCAGGCAUACUGAAAAUACAAGAAUAGAGUACAGUUUAAAAGAACGGAAUAGCUUUUCCAUGCUGCUCAGUGCCUUUAAACAAAAGUCCACAAAUGGUUAUUUUUUAAUUAGGGGUCAUUAUAUUUGGUAGGAAUAAGAUAAAUACAUCAGGAAUGGUCAUUAUGUAUUCAACUGUUAAGUGGGUUGAAACAGCCCAAACUAUUGUUGUUAAAAAUCCUAUUAAAUAAUGCCUGCAAUCACGUACUGCUUCAGCGUUCCAUGCUUCCUUUCCUAAACGUCUUCUAUUUCCUGUGGAAAAAAAAGGGAAUAAUUACAAAUCUGUACUUUUCAGCAUCACAUUUCAAGGCCCUGCUGGCACUUUCACAGGUGUUUUCACUUGUUCUGCCUAAUUAGCGCUCUUCUUCAUGUGGGCGUGUCCAGAAUGUGUUUGAUUGACAU